AUGUCCUUUAAAGAACUUUUGUUAGAAAUUGGACCUGAUAAUUUAUUACCAGAGAAGCUCCUUCCAUCAUUAAUCCACAUCAAACCUCAUGAUGCUCCUGAUAGUGUUGCCCUCAUCUUAGCAGAGGUGCUCAUUCCAGGUUCACAGGGUUUAAGCACUACUAACGGUGGUGUCACUGCAUUGACUUUUGUUAACAACCUCCCAGAGGCAAGUGCCAAAGGUGCUCAAUUGCAAGUUUGCUUAAAGCAAGUUGAUAUCUUGCAGGGUCACGAGCUUGACUGGAGGCUUGUUUUCAAAAGAGUAAAGGAGAACUUGUCCGAGGCUAUAAAGCGUAACAGCCAACCAUCUGUUGCCAGUGUUACACAACUCUUUUCUGCUUUGGACUUCAAGAUCGGCCCAAUUGACAUUUUCCUUCAGACUGGAUGGUGGUUUGAUAAAACUCUUCUUUACAUGAUGCAAUCUAUGUUCACACAACAAGGUGCUUUCGAUAUCUUGAGACUGAAGAGUUUUGAGCCCUGUUACAGAGAUGAUAUUGCUGAAGAGGGCCCGCUCAAGUUCUUAGGAAUCUCGCGUCUCGAGAUGAGCCUUAUGGAGUAUAUCCAUACACAUAAGCAACAAUCCUCUCAAUCUGAUGCAGAAAGAAAGCUUGACUCAUGGCUUGUACAAUUUUAUGAAUUGAAUAGCCGUGCCGAGCCUCACAACGUCAUUGCGGGAGCUUUAGCAUUAGGAGAUAAAUCACUGUACAUUUGGGAUCAAAUUGAGCGAGCAUUGGCUUUGUUAAUGGACAGCCCAAAUGAUUCCACCAGUGCGCAUAGGCUUCAUUUAGCCGUCUCGAGACUUGCAACUUUUGACUCUGAAUUUGUGGUGCGUAAGCUCGUCGAAUAUUGCCAACAAAAGAAGAAUUCAAUUGCCAUCAACAAGGCCGUGCUGGUUUCCAGUGCUAGUGAAGUUUUGCCGCAAUUGAUGUCGUACGCAAAGCAAGUUGAUUACCCUUUUUCUUUGGCAAUUGCACUUGAAGCCACUGCUUUCGGCUACAAUCUUAAAGAAGCAGUUGCUAUUGAUCUCAAAAGCUCACGCCAACGUGAGGCAAUUUACUUGGCUUUGUUUGAGGCUUUGGAGGCUCGCACAACUCAAGAUUUUGACACAGCGCAACAACUUCAACAGCGCCGUGACAAUGAGCAAGAACCUUCCGGUACUCGUCCUUUGAAAGUCGGAGUUGUUUUUUCGAUUCUAGAAGUUUUGAAAAGUCUGCAAGGUCUUGUUGAUGCGGAUCGUUUUAAAAAUUUGCAAUUGUCUUUUUUGACUACAUAUCCGAGACUUAUUAAUUAUGGCACUGGCCAUGAUGAUGCAAUUGAAGCAAAUGAGACUUUGUAUUUCAAUUUUUUCCCACCACAAGUUGAACAAGAGAUGAAGGCUUGCUAUUCCAAGUUAUACAAUAAAGAAUUAGAAAUCAAGGAGAUCGUUGACAUGUUAGCUCGAAUGAAGGAAAGUGACAUGCCACACGAUCAGGAUGUUUUUGCUUGCAUGAUUCACUCAUUAAUAGAUGAGUAUCGUUUCUUUUCCGAAUACCCCUUGACUGCUUUAGCAUCUACUUCGCUUCUCUUCGGAGCUCUUUUGCAAAGAGACUUGAUACAAGGAACUACUCUCACUGUUGCUCUCAACUUUAUUUGGGAGUCCUGUAAUAAGCCACAGGAUUCGAAUAUGUUCAAGUUUGCAGUGCAAUCGUUGUACAACUUCAAACUGCGCUUGCACGAGUAUCCAAUCUACUGUAAGCAUUUGUUGAAAUGUCAAUCGUUAUCAGCUCAUGCAAAGAUGUAUCAAAUUGUCAAAGACGCCUCCGAAGGAAUUCCUUGCGUCGAUAAUAGUGGCCCGGGUUCGACAGGGGCCGAGAACCAUUCGAAACAGCUGGAGGUUUCCAGUACGAAAUACCACGCAAUUACUGCCGUGAAGCGUACCAUCGGUUUUGUUACCCAGGAGGAACCCAGCGAAUCUGCUUCUGAUAGACUCCUCUUCUUUGUCAAUAAUAUGACUUCCGAUAACAUGACCAAAAAACUUGCGGAGGUUCGGGAUGUACUCCACGAGAAAUACUUCGCGUGGUUUUCAAACUAUUUAGUUGCAGAAAGAGCAAAGCUGGAACCAAACAAUCACUCUUUGUAUGCAGCUCUUGUAUUUGCUCUCGAGAAUCCCAUUUUCUACGAGUAUGUUCUCGACACAACAAUUUUGGAGGUCGAGCAUUUGCUUUGUCAUUUCAAAGACACUGCCAAUGAGCGCCAAAACUUAAAAAAUUUGGGAGCUUGGUUAGGAAAGAUCACAUUGGCAAACGAUCGCCCUUUGAAACGUGAUCAAGUGGCCUUGAAGUACUUGUUGAUAGAGGCUUUUGAUUUCCACACGUUGCCUGUCGUCAUUCCUCUUGUUUGUAAGAUUUUGGAACAAGCAAGUCAAUCCAAGAUUUUCCGUCCCCCUAGCCCUUGGGUUCUGGGUAUUUUGAAAGUUUUGGUUGAAUUGUAUGACUGCGCAGACUUAAAACUUAAUUUGAAGUUCGAAAUUGAAGUGUUGCUAAACGCUUUCGCCAUGAAGGUUAAAGACAUCUCCCCCUCAACCAUCAUCCGUACACAUAAUCCUAAUCCUGAUGCAUUGGCCGCAAUGUUUGGAUUCCGUCCCACCUCGGCCAUCCCAGAUAUUGGAGGAUUGAGUAUUGAUGCAUCAGAACCAAACUUUCAAAUGCAACAACAUUUGCAACAACAAGCUCUUAUACAACAACAACAGCAGCAGCAGCAGCAACAACAACAACAGCAGCAGCAACAACAACAGCAGCAGCAACAACAACAGCAGCAGCAACAACAACAGCAACAGCAGCAACAACAACAACAGCAGCAGCAGCAGCAGCAUAUGCAGCAACAACACCUUUCUCAUUUGCAUCCGCAACAUCCUCAACCCCGUCCUGACGAGCAUGUGUCGCCUGCUUCCAGCACAUCACAGUUGGAUGCUUCGUUUAGUAACUUGAAAGGAACAACUGUCUUUGUUCAAAAUCCUAACUUAAGAAGAGCAUUCCAAGCUUCUUUAGCUCGAGCUGUUCGUGAAUGCGCAGUUCCUAUCUUGAGUCGUGUCUCAGAGGCUGUUUUGACUACUACAGAUGCACUUAUCCGAAAGGAUUUUGCCACAGAGGGAGACGCUGCCAAGUUUCGUAAGAGCUACCAGACUUUGGCGCAACAACUUGCUCAUAGUAUGGUGAUAUGUAGCGGUCGCAAGAUCCUCUCUGAAACUGUUGAGGCCACCAUGCUUCAACUUUUAGGUCCUCAGGUGAACCCCAACGAGUUACCUCUUGCUGAGCUCAGCCUUGCCAUCCAAGGCAAUGUAGACUUGUGUGUUGACAUAGUUGAAAACUUGGCUGCAAGCAAUAUUGGCGAGUUGAUUGAAGAAAGAAUGAGGCUGCAAGUUGUCGCUCGUGAGCGUCACCCGCCUGGACAGCCAUUCGUGGACCCUGCUGCUUCUGAAUACGCCCUUCUGCUUCCAUUCCCACUCGGCUUGCAGCGUGAGGGUGUACGGGAUACACAAUUGCAAAUUUACACAAACUUUGGGAGUAAUCUGGCUGCAAUAAGUGCAGAGCAACUCGCUGCUUUGCCACAGGGUUUACAGCCCCAAACGAAACAAGCACCAAACAUGCAGUCCCAACCAAAUAGGCAACAACCUCAGGCUCCUCCAAAUGCUCAGCCUCAGGCCCAACAACCCACGGUAAUUGGUGUAAAUCAGACGAUGCCCGGUUUGCAGCCCCAGAUGGGUCGUGCAACAGAUGCUACUGAAUUUGCUAGUCAAGAACCACCUUCCCGGCAACUAGGCCCAGGUGUAAGUAAGGGCGAGGAUAACGUCGGACUUGACCACCUAUUCACUGUUGUAACUCAAAUGUGUGAAAAGGCCAUACAAAUGCUUGACGAAUGCCAAGAAACUACUUUGAGUGAGUUGAGCCCCGAAAGCCCUAUUUUGCAAGCUCUCACUCAAGCCACCGCUAUUUGUCAACGAAACGCAAUCAAAUAUCCGGAACUACUUCUCAAAGUAGCCCAAUUUGCUGUUAAUUGUUUGUUUACGCAAGUACAUUCAAGCCCUCUCAGCAAUGAGAUUUAUGUCGUGCUUCUUGACAAGCUAUGCGAGUAUUCGCCGUCAACCGCGAAGGACGUCACUUGGUGGAUGGUACAUUCCGUUGAUCAAAGAAAAUUCAAUUGGCCAGCAAUUUUCGCUUUGAUUAAUGUCCAGUUGGUCGCUCCGUUGAAGCUUGAUGGCCUGAUUGGUAAGCUCAUUGCUGAAAGUGAAAGUCCUGUCCUCGUAAAGUUUGCUUCGAGCCUUUUGCUUAAUGUGUUUGGGUCCUCUGGCUCCAAACCAAUGGCUUUGCGAUCGGAAUUUGCCUGCUCUUUAGAAGCUUUAGCCAAAUACAACCCUAAAGACGAAAGCGAGGAAGCAAAACAAGCUGUUCAACUCCGCAACAACUUAUUUGAGUUGUUGCAAAAGCAUAAUGUUCCCGCUUUACCCCUUUCAGGCGAAUCUUCCACAGAUUCAUAUGUGCAUAUGGGUUAUAUUUUCGUGGAGUGGACAAAGCUUCUUGGGCAUAGCGAGUUAUCAUCUGAAUUGCAGAACAAGUUUAUCGACAGACUCUUUCACAAUGACAUACUUAGUGAUCCGCUUCAAUUUUCUGUCUUUUUCCGUGCAGCAACCCAAGUUUCAACCACUGCUUUUGUUGCUGAACACGAAAUUCGAACCAGAACUCAACGCGAGACGUUUUUGUCUGCCGAUUGUUUGGCUAAGCUUAUUGUUGCAAUUAUCUUGCGCUUCUCGCGUGAUCGCAGCAUGGAGGCGGGCGAUUAUUUACGGAACAUAAUGGGUGUUGUUACUCUGGUUCUUAUAAGUGAGCACGAUCUGAACCAAAAUGUUUGGAAUGAAUGUGCAUACUUCCGUUUGUUUUCGUCUAUUUUCUGCGAGUGGUGCAAUGCCUCAACGCUAGACUCGAAGGCGACUGAGCUGUUGGACGGUGUAUUUUUCACAACUAUGGCUGAUGUUAUAAAUUCAUUGCAGCCCCUUCUCUACCCCGAGUUCACAUUUGCAUGGAUUUCCCUCGUGUCCCACAGAAUGUUCUUGCCUAAGCUCCUUACUCUUCCAGAGCAGGAAGGUUACUCUUCUGCGCUUAGACUACUUUCCUCCUUGUUAAAAUUUCAGAAAACAUAUCUGAACGAAAAACAUGAUGUGCUCAAUGUUACACAAAAGGCUAUUUACCGCAUUUUCCUGGCCAUUGCGCAUGACUUCCCAGAAUUCUUGUGUGAAUGUCACUACCAAUUAGUCACCGCUGCUCCAGGCAAUUACACACAGUUAAAGAACAUCAUCUUGGCAGCCAAGCCAAAAUUCGCUCCUCAAGAGAUCAAUCCAUACAUCAAUAAUCUUGAUUAUGAUUCAUUGCCAAAUUGCUACGACAAUGUAUCAGUGCAUUCCUUGCCGGUCGAGGAUUUACUUAAAUGUGGCCUCAAGAAGCCCGUUGACAACUUUUUACGUAUUCCAGCACCAGCUUUAAUGCGCGCCAUCUACAGUGCAAUUAAGUUAAACUACCCUAAGGAGACUGCCCAAUAUGGAUUCGAGACGCUUAAUUUUAAUGUCAAACUCAUCAAUGCUCUCGUUGUUCAUGUGGGGCUUGCUGUUGCCGGGGAUAAGCUUCCUAAUCAAGCACCAGGUUUUAAUCCAAAAUCAGCCCAUGCUGCCCUUCUCGUUGACCUACUUAACUACGGUAACACGGAGUUCCGUUACCAUAUGAUUAGUGCAAUGGCGGAUCAAUUACGCUACCCCAGCAUAGUCACUCAAUGGUUCAUAAGUGUGGCGAUGUAUAUGUUCUCAACUGAGCAGAGCUGGAGCUCACCAGAAAUCUAUUCCGAGUUGCAGGAAAUCUGGUUGAGAGUUAUAUUAGAACGUGUCAUUGUCAGCAAACCUCACCCUUGGGGACUUACGGUCUUGUUGGUCGCUUUGAUCCGAAAUGACGAGGUUGAUAUUUUCUCGCUCCCGUUUGUGAAAAACGCCGACAGCUCGUUGAAGAUGAUUUUUGAAACGUUGGGUCGGAAUGUGCGGGCUUGA